UCCAUUCGGCCAUUUCGUCGGUGCAGGCCAUCAGCCGUAAAGGGUAGCGGGAUAUAUCUUGUACUGGUAACCUGAAAGCAACACCAAGAAGAACCGCACAAUGAGUGAGACGGCAAUCUCUUUCGCCAAAGACUUUUUGGCCGGUGGCAUCUCCGCUGCCAUCUCCAAGACAGCCGUCGCUCCCAUCGAGAGAGUCAAGCUUCUCCUUCAGGUCCAGCACGCAAGUAAGCAGAUCACCGCCGACAAGCAGUACAAAGGUAUCAUCGACUGCGUUGUCCGUAUCCCUAAGGAGCAGGGAGUCCUAUCCUUCUGGAGAGGUAACCUUGCCAAUGUCAUCAGAUAUUUCCCCACCCAAGCCCUCAACUUCGCCUUCAAGGACAAGUACAAGAAGAUUUUCCUUGAUGGUGUUGACAAGCGCACCCAGUUCUGGAGAUACUUUGCCGGUAACUUGGCCUCUGGUGGAGCUGCUGGUGCCACCUCUCUGUGCUUCGUGUACCCCCUCGACUUUGCCCGUACCCGUCUGGCAGCUGAUGUAGGAAAGGCUGGAGCCGGAAGGGAGUUCAAUGGUUUGGGCGACUGUCUGGUGAAGAUCUUCAAAUCUGAUGGUCUGCGGGGACUGUACCAGGGAUUCAAUGUGUCUGUGCAGGGUAUCAUCAUCUACAGAGCUGCUUAUUUCGGCAUCUAUGACACAGCUAAGGGUAUGCUCCCAGACCCCAAGAACACCCACAUAUUGGUGAGCUGGAUGAUUGCACAGACUGUAACAGCUGUUGCUGGUCUUACUUCAUACCCCUUUGACACUGUUCGAAGACGUAUGAUGAUGCAGUCUGGACGUAAAGGAGCUGACAUCAUGUACUCCGGCACAAUUGACUGCUGGCGUAAGAUUGCGCGUGACGAGGGUGGCAAGGCUUUCUUCAAGGGGGCUUGGUCCAACGUCCUCAGAGGCAUGGGCGGCGCCUUCGUGCUGGUGUUGUAUGAUGAGCUGAAGAAGGUCAUCUAAUUCCUAUUGUCACAUCACUGUCUAAAUUGGCUAAAAUGUAAUAUCUUUCCAUUUCUAUGGACUCUACAUUCUGCCUUAUUUAUGGGAACAACCUAAAGUAUGUCACCACUAGUUGUGGGCAAUGGCGGUUCGUUGGCUGUAAGUUGUGAAUCUAUGAUUUUUAAAACGUUCCACACCCUCUGUACCAAUGUCAUUCCAAUUAAAAAAAACUGAUACCUCCUGUCAUUUAUUAGAUUUGUAUGGUUCCAACUUGAAUAAAUGUAUUCUGGGAACAAAACUUAA